GGGUGGAGUUGUGCAAGUGUAUUUUUAUUUUUGCAUGGCACUGAAGACUUAUGCAUUUCAGAGAACCUGAUACCUUGAGCUCUGUGAAUCUGUUUACAGAACACAGUGCAGAACUGGCUUUAGUUUGACAGCCUGGAGAGGAGACCGUACGGAAUAAGUCCUAACGAAUACAGCUUAGUAAUAAGCCAUAAAGUAUAAAUCAGGCGAUAUCACAAUACAGAAGAAAAGGAAUAUCCGAACUUGAGAAGGAAGAAUACUGUAUUGGACAAAGUGGAACUGGAAACAAAGUGUUUUCGAUGAGGAUAUGUAAGUUCUUGGAAAAGUAAGACAACUCGUAAAAAAAAAAACGAUUUUGGUGAAUAAACAGAUUUUUCCAGUUAAAAAUUUACUUUACUGACGGAAAGAACUGACAGAAAAGAAAAGGCAGAAAAAAAAAAACAGAAUCUAUGUUAAAAAAUAUAUAUAUUUUUGGGGGAAAGGUAUGUGAAAGCUUCAGAGAAUGCAUUGAAUGCACAUUGAUAUAAGCCCACUCAAGAGGCAAAAAGAAGUCGAAAAGAUUUGGAUUAUGGAUGCUUAAUUAAUACUUGGAUGACCCUGAGAAGAUUGAUGUGCUCUCAGUCAUGGAGAAUGGGGAAGAAAUGACUGGGAGCUCUAACCUUCUGGUGCCUGAAGAAAAAAGGUAUGAACUCUGCUGUCAGAAGGACUGCUGUGAGCGAGUGGUCAUCAAUGUGUCUGGGUUAAGGUUUGAGACUCAAGUCAGGACCCUAAGUCGGUUUCCUGACACUCUCUUGGGAGACCCUCGUAAAAGAAUGCACUUCUUUGACCCUCUUAGGAAUGAGUACUUCUUUGACCGGAAUCGGCCAUGCUUUGACUCAAUACUUUACUUCUACCAGUCAGGGGGUCGACUCCGUCGGCCAUCUAAUGUCCCUUUAGAUGUUUUCAUGGAGGAGCUGAUGUUCUACGAGCUUGGCGAUGAUGCAAUUAGAAAAUUCAGAGAAGAUGAGGGAUUUCUCAAAGAGGAGGAAAGAUUGCUUCCAGAUUGUGAGUUCAUGAAGCAAGUUUGGCUGCUUUUUGAACACCCAGACAGCUCCUCCGCUGCCCGAAUCAUUGCUAUUAUCUCAGUUAUGGUCAUCCUCAUCUCCAUAGUCAUUUUCUGCCUAGAAACUCUUCCAGAAUUCAGAGAUGAAAGGGAUCUGUCAUUACCGGUACAGCCACAUCACCGAAGUAACGUGACGCACAACAUACCACAGAAGAGCCCAUUUGAGGACCCGUUUUUUAUUGUGGAGACCAUCUGUAUAUGCUGGUUUUCCUUUGAGCUUUCAGUACGAUUCAUAGCGUGCCCGAGCAAGCCAGCCUUCUUCAAGGACAUCAUGAAUAUGAUAGACUUUGUGGCAAUCAUACCUUAUUUUGUUGCCUUGGGCACUGAACUAGCACGACACAAAGGAGUGGGGCAACCAGCCAUGUCAUUGGCCAUCCUCAGGGUAAUCCGUUUGGUCAGAGUUUUCCGGAUCUUCAAGCUCUCCCGACACUCCAAGGGUUUACAAAUCUUGGGACAGACGUUGAAAGCAAGUAUGAGAGAGUUAGGUUUGCUCAUAUUUUUCCUUUUCAUCGGAGUUAUUCUAUUCUCAAGUUCAGUCUAUUUUGCUGAAGCCGAUCAUGCAGAAACAAAAUUUACCAGCAUCCCUGAGGCAUUUUGGUGGGCUGUGGUUACAAUGACAACUGUAGGCUACGGAGACAUGUCACCAGAAACAGUAGGUGGGAAACUAGUUGGUUCUCUUUGCGCCAUUGCAGGUGUGUUAACCAUUUCUUUGCCUGUACCAGUCAUUGUAUCUAACUUUAGCUAUUUCUACCAUCGUGAAACAGAGUGCUCAGACAUUGGUCAAUAUAACCAUGUCGGUUCAUGCCCGAAUGGACCACCCCACACGCCAAAACCCAAAUCGAAGGAGAGAAGCCCCAUAUUGGACACAUUUAAGAACAUAUGCACCAAUUCUAAAGCAGAACUCCUAGAUGGAAUUGGCCCGGUCAACGAGAGACAAUUGAAUUCUGGCCAACAAUCACAUUUGAUAACUCAAGUGUGACAUGUGAACUGGGGCAAGUGUCAACCAUUGACUUAUCUUCAACGUUUAAUCUAGGAGUCUUAAAUUAAAUUAAAUGUUUUACAGAAACAGAUAGUCAGAGCCUCUAUUUUUGUUUGUUCCCCAACAAACAAAAUGUUUGUAUUAAGAAAUUAUGCCAGUUUUCCCACAAAUUUUAACAACGUUUGAUUUUUACUUUGUCUGAUCGCAUCUGGAAUGGGCAGAUAUUGCAGAUGGUUAUUUAUAAUUUCAUACUUAUCAGCAUGCAAGCGUUAAAUUACUUUAUGAAUGACAUGAUGAGAUGUUGUCAUCAUCUGUAGAUGGAAAAUUAAAAGUAAUGUGAGACACCCCAAGUGAGUAUACCACAUGAAGCAAAAACAUAUGACCCACAAAGCCAGUUGGAUCUUGGAAUGGGCAGCAAUUUUAAACCUGAUGGAGUUUCUCAUGGAAGGGUUUGUAACUAUAACAAAAAGGGUGCCCCAUCAAAAUCACAGAGAAAACAGCUGCCCAUCAUACCACCAUAAAACUGUAGACACUUACUAUUAAAUUACAUGUGCCCAGCAGAGCUCUGGGAAACGGCCAGGGUAUAACAGACUCGAAUAACAUCAAAUGACUAGAUGCAUCAAUGUGACAGCAAAGGUAAUUGAGGGCAGCAAUGCAGAAUGAGGCAUAUAUGCCAUUUUGGUUAAGAGCAUGAAUUACAAACCAGAAUAGAGUAACGUGAAGUAUUGUGAGAAGGCUCGAGGGAA